AUUGGUCGGCUGGCAGAGGGACCGAUUAUUGAGCUGGCUCGGUCGGGGGUGGGGCUCUGAGCAGCAUGGCGGUGGUGGCAGCUCUCUUUCGGGCUUCCCAGGGAGGGCGGCGCGUCUGGCUCAGGAUCCCUGGAAAGGUGACACUCACCCGGCAUUCCUUAUCCUUCUCAUCUUCUUCAGUGCCAACAACCAAACUAUUCAUUGAUGGCAAGUUUGUUGAGUCCAAAAGCAAUGAAUGGAUUGAUAUACAUAAUCCAGCCACCAAUGAAGUGGUUGGUCGUGUCCCAAAAACUACACAGAGUGAGAUGGAAGCAGCUGUAGCCUCGUGCAAAAAAUCCUUGCGGAAUUGGUCAGAGACAUCUAUUUUGAGCCGACAGCAAGUCUUUCUGCGAUACCAGCAGCUCAUCAAAGACAAUUUGAAAGAAAUUUCAAAACUCAUCACAUUGGAGCAAGGGAAGACCCUGGCUGAUGCUGAGGGAGAUGUGUUCCGAGGCCUCCAGGUCGUUGAACAUGCUUGCAGUGUGACAUCCCUCAUGUUGGGUGAGACCCUUCCCUCCAUCACUAAAGAUAUGGACACUUAUACCUAUCGCUUGCCUCUGGGAGUGUGUGCAGGCAUUGCACCGUUCAAUUUCCCAGCCAUGAUUCCUCUUUGGAUGUUCCCCAUGGCUAUGGUGUGUGGCAACACGUUCUUGAUGAAGCCUUCAGAACGUGUGCCGGGAGCCCUCAUGUUCCUUGCCAAGCUGCUGCAGGACGCUGGUGCCCCAGAUGGAACGCUAAACAUCAUCCAUGGGCAACAUGAAGCUGUAAAUUUUAUUUGCGACCAUCCUGAUAUCAAAGCCAUCAGCUUUGUGGGAUCUAAUCAGGCUGGAGAACAUAUCUAUGAAAGGGGUUCGAAGAAUGGCAAGAGGGUCCAGGCCAAUAUGGGCGCUAAGAACCAUGGAGUGGUGAUGCCAGAUGCCAAUAAAGAGAACACCUUGAAUCAGUUAGUGGGAGCAGCUUUUGGAGCAGCCGGACAACGUUGCAUGGCACUGUCUACAGCAAUCUUGGUAGGAGAAGCUCAGAAAUGGCUGCCAGAACUUGUGACGAGAGCUAAGAAUCUGAGAGUUAAUGCAGGAGACCAACCUGGAGCAGAUCUUGGGCCUUUGAUCAGUCCCAAGGCAAAGGAACGUGUCUGUCAGCUCAUUGACAGUGGUGUGAAGGAAGGGGCUAGCAUUCUUCUUGACGGACGAAACGUUCGAGUGAAAGGUUUUGAAAAUGGCAAUUUUGUUGGACCGACUAUACUGUCUAAAGUCAAGCCUAACAUGACCUGCUAUAAGGAGGAAAUUUUUGGGCCGGUCCUAGUAGUUCUGGAAGCAGAUACUCUGGAUGAAGCAAUCGAAAUCAUAAAUGACAAUCCCUAUGGGAACGGAACUGCAAUUUUUACCACUAAUGGUGCCACUGCUCGGAAAUACUCUCAUUUAGUGGAUGUUGGGCAGGUUGGUGUGAAUGUUCCAAUUCCAGUGCCUUUACCAAUGUUCUCCUUUACUGGCUCCCGUGGAUCGUUCAGAGGAGAUACCAAUUUCUAUGGUAAACAGGGGGUGCAGUUUUACACACAAUUGAAGACAAUCACGUCUCAGUGGAAAGAAGAAGAUGCUACUGUUGCCAGGCCUGCUGUAGUUAUGCCAACCAUGGGGAACUAAAGUAGUUUAUUGGUCAGAGGCACUGUUCUGAGUGCAUUCUUUAUCUCCUACAGUGCAGGCUGCUCCCAGAUACUCCGUUUUAGUCUCGCCAUCAUCAUUUCAGGACCUUCAUUUGAAAUCAAAUUGGCUCUGAGCCUUUAACUCCAAGUCUAGUUUUUUUCAUCUAUGCAAUAAAUAACCAAGCUCCAUUUUUCUUAUGAGAUUCUCUUGUGUCAACAGUCACACAAAAGUAGGAUUAGCUUCUUCUGUCCACUUCAUUUCACAAGUGCUGAAAUUAAAGUUCUGUUUUCCACGGAAUGUUAACAUUUUUCAGUACCAGUUUCUUCAGGUGCUCUGUUCACAUCUGUUGACUCCUGCUUCUGUAAAAAUCCAAAUAAUCUUUUUGUCCUCUUAAAGAACAGAGCAAUAUAUUUUGGGAAAGGCAAAAUUGACCAGACCUUAACUUUAAUGAUUAGUGUUCAAGACUUUAAUGCACAGAAAAUCUGUGUAUGAAACUCUUCUUUCACUUGAGAAUUUAGUCCACCAUGCAUGUAAAGCAAGGUGAAAACUUGAUUGUGAAAUAAAUGUCCUCUGUCUUUCAGAACGAUGUGCCUACAUACUAUUAAUGUUGUUGAAAUUAGAAUGCUGUAUAUUUCUGCUUUUCAAUUCUCCAAAUCCUCCCAGAAGCAAUAGAUUGCCUCCUUAAUACCUAACAGGUAUUGAGGUAGAGGUAUUACUUUCCAUUGCUAAAACAAAUGGAAAUGGAGGACUUUCUGUAACAACAACUCUUUUAACCUACAUUACAGAUGGAGAUCUUGGAUAGUGGUGUUUUAUAUGCAGAUUAAACUGUGACUGGUUCAGCCAUGGGUUGACAUACUUUUUUGCUUUUUAAUUUCUCUGAUGGGGUAACAACUGACUAACAAUACAAUAUAUCCUUCAGUUUGAAAAUCAUGCUAUUGACUUUGUUUUAUCUAAUCCAGCAAUGGAUGAGCUGCUUUUGGAUUCUACCCUUUUACAACUAGCAAGCACUUGAAAAUGCAGUUUAUCUAAUUAUUUUAUCUAUACUAGAAGGGGUUCUGAUGAUGGUGUUAAUCAUGAAUAAACAAUUAUUAUAUUCAGAA